CCCAGGGGGGCCGCUCCCGGCAGCCCCCGCGCACAAGAUGGCGGCGCGGGGCGGCGGGCGGUGAGGGGGGCGGGCAGGAUGACCUACACGGCCGAGCAGCUGGACGGGGUGCGGCGGAUCAAGCGGUGCCGGGACUACUACGAGAUCCUGGGCGUGGGCCGGGACGCCGGCGAGGAGGAGCUGAAGCGCGCGUACCGCAGGCUCGCCCUCAAGUUCCACCCCGACAAGAACCGAGCGCCCGGGGCCACCGAGGCCUUCAAAGCAAUAGGCAAUGCUUUUGCAGUUCUGAGCAACCCUGAAAAGAGACUGCGAUACGAUGAGCUGGGGAGCGACCAAGAGCACAUCAGCACCGGCCAGGCCAGGCACUACAAUUACUACACAGAGUUUGAAGCAGACAUCACACCAGAAGAAAUAUUCAAUGUGUUUUUUGGUGGGCACUUUCCUACAGGAAAUAUCCAUAUGUUCUCAAAUGUAGCCAGAGAUGCACACUAUUACCCACGGAGGCACCGCACCGAGAGGGCAUGGACGCAGGAGCAGGAGGAGGAAGACAACAGGCCACAGAAUUCUUAUUCUGCAUUUAUCCAGUUGAUGCCAGUUUUCAUCAUCAUAGUAGUGUCAGUGAUAACCCAGCUGAUGGCCACCAACCCUCCCUACAGCUUAUUCUACAAGUCGUCCAUCGGCCACGUCAUUAUCAGAGAAACAGAGAACUUGCAGGUGCCUUACUAUGUCGAUAGAAACUUUGAGAAGAAUUAUCAAGGAGCAGAACUCCAAGAGCUGGAGAAGACAGUUGAAAAGGAUUACAUAGACUAUAUUCAGACCAGCUGCUGGAAGGAGAAACAGCAGAAGUCUGACUUGUCCAAUUUGGCCAAGCUCUACAGAGAUGAGAGGUUAAAACAGAAAGCAGAAUCCCUGAAACUUGAGCACUGUGAGAAGCUCUCCAGUCUGAUUGGGAUGCACAAAGGGGGCUGAGCAGGAUGCACACCUUCCAUAGUUUUAUUUAUUGCUGUUUUAAGUUAUGUUUUUAUUUUCCUUUGUAUAAAAAGGGAAGGAGUCUUUUGUAAGGAGUGGAUAUUGGAGUCCUUCUGCACGUAGUGCAGAGAAGGGCCAGCACGAGCUGCAGAGCUGCUGUUUGCUGUAAUAUAUCCUGUACAUUAGAUUCAGUUCCAGGGACCAGUGGCACUUUGUACCUUCAUUCGAGGGAGAUGCUCUUAGUUGGGAACCCCUCUGCGUCGGUGGUUUGUGUGCCAUCCAAACUGUGUGUGUUUCCCAGGAGAGCAGGCUUGGCUUUCCCUGUUUCCUGUGGAGCUGCAGUGCAGUGGAUCCCGUGGACAGUGUUGUGCACAGUGCUGGGUGUAGUUCCAGUGUCCUGUGCAGGGCAGGAGGGACAGGUACGUGCCCCAGGUGAGCACCUGAGCUCUCUCCAGCUCUGCCUCUUCCAAGGGACUGGACCCUGUGCUGCUCCAAGGGGUCCGUGCCUGCCCUGCUCCGUGUGACACCACCACGACCCAGAAGAUGGGAGCGUGAACUGCACCAAUUGCAGUGGCUGCAAAACUGUAAGGAAAGAAGCACCAUGUUGAUUUUCUCAUCUGUUUUCAGUGGCAUAUUUUGAAGCUGGCUGUUCCAUUCUGACUCGGAUCUGCACACUCUUCUCCAGCUGCUCCAGGGGCCCUGCUUUUCCUGGUACAGUUCUCAUGUAGCAUAUUUUGACUCUGCUGAGCAGUUAUGAAUGUUCCACUGUAGACAUCAGUAUUGCAAAGAAAAAGAUCCAUGUGGUAGUGUCCUGUUUUUUCUUGAUCCUCCUUUCCAAAGUCAGGCCUUGAGGAGCAGGUUGAGGCUGGUUGUACCCGUGAGCAACAGAGACCAGUGUUACUGCAGCUGAGCUCCAGUUUCUCUGGUGGGUGCCACGGGUGUGUGCCAGGCAUGGAAUGACCUGUUCUUCCAGGGUGGGGGGCUGGGGGCAGCCAGGGCACAGCACUGCUCCCCUCUGACCUUGGAAUGGGUGUCAGCGAGACCUGAGCAAGGCUCUGGGGUGGCCCCAUUCCUAAAACCUGCUACAGGAUGCACAGAUGGCUUUGCCUGAAACCUAGGGAGCAAAGUGCUCCAAAGUUUGGGAAAUGCCAGGAUUAAACCUGUCUUUAAAGCUUAGACUUCAGGUGUCAAUGUGCCUGGUGGAGCAGUGUUGUCCACGUGCUCUGCUGAGGGGCCCUGGGGGCUGGGACUUGGACUGGCACUGUGGGUACCACAGAGUGUCCCCUCCGUGUCCCUGUCCUGUUAACACAGCAGGGGGAGGUUGGGCAGCAAACAAGUUUGGAGGAAAAGAAGCUUUUCUGGGGCCUGCACUGGAAUUUGGGGUUUCUGUCAGGGAUUUGAGGCUUGGUGCUCCUGCACACGAGCCAGACACAUUCCAGAUGUGAUGAGAACAUUCCAAGUAAGGCAAUAGUGCUACUGUGGGGUGGUGGUGUGUCAAAAAUGGGAAAAACCCAACAAAGUAACUCUUUAAAUUACGUAUUAACAUUUGUAUCCUGUUUGUAGGAAACCUCACAGGAGCAGGUGGGAAAGUUGAGCUGUUUGUUGGGCACCUGGGCUGGGAAGAGCACCAGUGCAAAGGGCAUUUUGAGUGGGUUGGUGCCAGCCUGCAAAGGUUCGUUAUUCCAGGAUGGUGGCUGGAUUGAUUAUUAAGGGUUGAUUAUUCCAGAAUGGGGGCUGGAUUGAUUAUUAAGGGUUGAUUAUUCCAGAAUGGGGGCUGGAUUGAUUAUUAAGGGUUGAUUAUUCCAGGAUGGUGGCUGGAUUGAUUAUUAAAGGUUGAUUAUUCCAGGAUGGGGGCUGGCAGAGCAGGCAGUCUUAGUUCUGGUAUUUCCCACCUUUCAGCAUGAGUGUGUACAGAAAGCAAAAUUAAUGUUGCUUUUUAUCUAUUAAAUAGCUUGUAGAAUAUAUUAGACAUCUGUUCAAGUGGUUGGACCUGGUUCUAGGGUUGGUAUCUUCCCAGACCUUCCUGUGGGAGUCCCAGGGCUAUAGAGGGAUACAGGUGGGGAGACCAAACAAGGGACUUCCCUGGACCUGCCGUGUCCUGAUGGAGCUUGAACUCAUACACAGCAUUUUGCACUGGAACCAGAUCACACCGUUCCAUCCAGAGAUCUCCAAGGACUUGAUGGAGUUGGGGACCUCCUGUGGGAAGCACAGUCAUACAGAGUCUUCUCUGGAAUUAGGAAGGGGGCUGGAAUGGAGCAGGAGGUGAGACUGGGAGGUAAAAUAAUUUCCCAAAGCAAUAAGAGUUGUUUGUUCAUAGCGGGGGUGUCAGGUGCUGUGUGUGCUGGGAGGGGUGUGUGGCUCGGGGUGUCUGUGACAAACGGGACAAGCCGUGUCUGUACAGCACAGGCAUCCUGCUCCACAGGGAAAAGGAGAGUCCUCGCUGGAGCCUUUGGGUGGAAAUGUAUCCCUGCCCUUCUCCAGAGGUGCUCGGGCUCCGUGUUUCUGGGUCAGAGUAAGAGAGGGAAAGGUGUUCCUGAGUAGGAGGGUGGCUCGGAGCGGGGGUGCCCCUGUUCCCCGGGAACACCGAGCACUGGGAAAUGCUCUGUGUGUGUGGAUGUAUUUGGAGUUUUUAAAUUAAAGACGUGACAUCUC